AUGCCUAAGUUACGGAAUGGGUCCAAAAAGCUUCCGAGAAACUGUAUUUCUGAACGACGGAAAGAUGGAAAGAAUGUAAAGGAGACUGUUGAAUCUAUAAUCGCACGAUAUGCCGACUUUAUGAAAGGAGAUAGCAGAACACUUGCAUCAUUUGCGCAAAUGCCAUUGUCGGCAGCAACACAACAAGGUCUUAAAGAAAAUCAUUUCGUAAGUCCUACUGAUAUUCAACGCGAGUCACUGCAGUAUUCACUGAGUGGUGUUGAUGUGGUUGGUGCUGCCAAAACAGGCAGUGGAAAAACGCUUGCUUUCCUUAUUCCGGUUUUGGAGUGUUUGUGGAGACAAAGAUGGUCGCGCACGGUUGACGGAUUAGGCGCUUUGAUUAUAAGUCCUACUAGGGAGCUCGCUUUUCAGACGUUUCAAGUUUUAAAUAAAAUCGGAGCGCGCCACCAGUUUUCUGUUGCUGUACUUAUUGGAGGAACUGAUGUAGAGUUCGAAAGUAAACGAAUAGGUUCGGUGAACAUUGUAGUGUGUACGCCUGGACGAUUAUUGCAACAUAUGGACGAGAAUAGUACAUUUUCAUGUGAACAACUACAAAUUCUUGUCAUUGAUGAAGCGGAUAGGAUUUUAGAUCUUGGUUUCUCACGACAGAUGAAUGCGAUUUUGGAAAACUUACCGAGCAGCCGUCAAACAUUGCUUUUUUCGGCUACGCAAACCAAAAACGUAAAAGAUUUAGUGCGUCUGGCUCUGAGAGAUCCACUAUACAUAUCUGCUCACGAAAAUGCUCCUCAAGCUACACCGGAAUCGUUGCAACAGAGUUAUUUCAUAUGCAAUGAUGAGGAUAAAAUCAAUGCGCUAUGGUCGUUUUUACUGAAUCAUCGAAAAAAGAAAACAUUAAUAUUUGUGUCAUGCUGCAAGCAGGCGCGGUUUUUAACUGAAGCACUUUGCCAUCUACGACCAGGUUUUUCAUUGAUGGGAUUAUGGGGUACGAUGAAUCAAAUGAAACGGCUGGAAAUUUUCAAAAAAUUCAACAAUAAGACAAUUGGAGCUGCAAUGAUUGCUACUGAUGUUGCUAGUCGAGGACUGGACUUUGCCCGUGUCGACAUUGUAUUACAGCUGGAUUGUCCUGUAGAUGUUGAUGAUUAUAUUCACAGAGUAGGACGUACGGCACGGAUGGAUGCCAAGGGUGAAGCAAUUUUGGUUCUCACACCGGCGCAAGAACAAGCCAUGCUUGUACGACUGAAAGGAAAGAACAUUCCAAUCACUAAAAUUAGUGUCAAUGAAAAGCAAAUAAUGGAUAUCAGCAGACGUUUGCAGUCAGUAAUUGCACAAUAUCCGGGAAUGAAGGAAUUCGCUCAGAAGAGUUUUGUGGCUUACAUUCGGACAAUUUAUCUGAUGCAGAACAAAGAUGUUUUCAAUUUAGACACGAUUAAUCUCGUGGCAUUGGCCAAAUCGUACGGACUUGCUGCUACACCGCGAGUUCGAUUUUUGAAACGAAUUGCAAACAAACAUCAGAACUUACAUACAAAUACAAGUCGAAAGCAAGAAGGAGAGAAAAGUGCAGAAGAAUUAAUGGAAAUGAUGAUUUCAGCAGCAAAGACAGGAAAGGAAGCGGCUGCAAUGAUAAAUGAUAAUGAUGAUGAUAAUAAUGAUGAUGAUAUACAGAAUGAAGAAAUCGACUUGGGAUUAGGUACAAGUGAAAAUAAUGCAAUUAAGAGAGAGCAGAAGGGCGAUUUCAGCCCUAGUGCAAUUGAUAGUGGCUUAGAUGAAGAUAGCAGCGAUUUUUUGAAGAUAACUCGCAAAAACGUGUUCAACAUAUUUCCAGAUGAAGUUGCUGAAGUGCUGGAGAAACAGGAGAGAGAAUCAAAGAAACUUGUGACACGCCAUGCACUGGCCAGGAAAAUUCUGAAAAAAGGAGUGAAAUUAGGUGUAAAAAAGAUAUUCACAGACGAUGGAACAGAAAUCGUGGAAGGUAAAGCGUUCCCUACCGUUCCAAGUGAUGGCAAAUUGAUCGGUCUCAAUGUAGAUGAGGCAAAACGUCAAAUGAUACAAAUUGAUCAGGUUGAUAAAAUAACAUAUAAGGAGAAACAAAAGAUGUGGAGAAAGAGAAAGAAGGAAAAGCGAAAAGAUAGAACAACGAAAACAAAUCAAGAGUGUGGAGUGGUAUUAGAUUUGGGAGCUGGAAAGAAUCAUUCAGAUGGCGAACCAGAUUUGUCGUGGUUGCCUGAUCCUGACAAGCCAAAGAAGUAUGACGAAGAAUGGAAUGUGGUUGAAAAUAAUUCUAUAGACGACUACAGUGUAUGUGAUUUGCUGAAGUAUUUUUCUAAGUUUAAUAAAGAAGCCGGUGAUGAUGGUAACAAUAUUGUUGAAAUGAAAUCCAUACAAAGACGGAAAAGAAAAUUAUUAGAUGAAGAAGAAAGAGCCUUGGCAUUAUUGCGCUCAUCCUAA